GUCUUUCUCCUUUCUGGCUUUCUUCUAGCUUUCUCCCACUCACUCUUCUUCAUCUGCUGCAAUGGAGAGGAUUACUCUGAAGCUGCCUCUCUUUCCCGCUAAGAUGAGCUCUGGAUCUUUCUCAGCUGUUGGGUUCCCUACACCAUGCCUGAAGAACCCAUCUCCCCAUCAAUCCCGAAGGAUUAUGGUUACAAGGGCAGCUAUUGCUGUCGAGCAGAUGACGCAAACGAAGGUCUCCCUUGUAAGAAUAGGCACAAGAGGAAGCCCACUGGCCCUGGCACAGGCCCAUGAAACCAGGACCAAACUUAUGGCCACACAUUCUGAGUUGGCUGAAGAAGGAGCCAUAGAAAUUGUGGUUAUCAAGACCACAGGAGAUAAAAUUCAAAGCCAACCACUUGCUGAUUUAGGAGGAAAGGGCUUAUUCACAAAAGAGAUAGACGAGGCCCUCUUGAAUGGGGAAAUUGACAUAGCUGUACACUCAAUGAAAGACGUUCCUACUUAUUUACCUGUUGGAACAAUUUUGCCUUGCAACCUUCCACGCGAGGAUGUCCGGGAUGUAUUCAUUUCAUCAAGUGCAGUUUCCCUUGCAAGGCUUCCGGCUGGAAGUAUUGUUGGUACAGCUUCCCUCAGAAGAAAGUCACAAAUACUAUACAGAUAUCCAUCACUGAAAGUGGAGGAAAAUUUCAGAGGGAAUGUACAGACACGAUUGAGAAAAGUUAGGGAAGGAGUCGUACAAGCAACCUUGUUGGCAUUGGCUGGGCUAAAACGCCUAGAGAUGGAAGAUAAUGCCACAAACAUCAUACCUGUUGAUGAAAUGCUUCCAGCUGUUGCUCAAGGGGCCAUUGGGAUUUCAUGUCGAAGCAAUGACAAAAAGAUGGCUUAUUACAUAGCUUCACUGAAUCAUGAGGAGACCAGAUUAGCAGUGGCAUGUGAGCGGGCCUUUCUUGAGACCCUAGAUGGGUCAUGUAAAACACCAAUUGCUGGCUAUGCAUAUCGAGACAAAGAAGGGUAUUGUGUUUUUAGAGGACUGGUGGCUUCUCCUGACGGAACCCAAGUGUUUGAGACUUCAAGAAGAGGUCCAUAUACACUAGAAGAUAUGAAGUUGAUGGGAAAGGAUGCUGGCAAAGAAUUGCUUUCGCAGGCUGGUGCUGAUUUCUUUGAUCAUCUCAAAAGACAGUAGUAAAGAAGGGUUAAGAUAAACAGAAGACGAAUUGGUUUUCUGGGCUGGUACCUGUCUCUGGCUUUGCUGUCAAUUUUUCUGGGUGUAUCCAAAAGGGAUAAUUCAUCAUUUUGAGCUGUUUGUAUUUUUUAACUGUAGUGGGUAUGUUUGUUUGUUUGUUGUAUUUUUAGGCGAAACAUUUUACAAUUAUUUAGAAAUUGAAGAGGGAUUAGAUUUUCAUUUCUGGACCUGAGAGGGAUUAGAUUA